AUGAGUAUGAUCUUGGGCGCAAUGGAAAGAUACGUUUGUCGCGUACGUGGGGGAAAAAACGCGGUGCGAAACGGAGCAUUUUUGACCUGUUCAGCAGCGGUUUUGAGCUACGCUUUGUGGGACCAGCGAGCGGUGUCGUGCGAGGGCGUAAAGGGCAUCAAACAGUACAGCUCGAAGCCCGGACAGGAGCGCGACGGCACCAGCAGCACCGUGGCGCUGCUGUCGCAGCGCCAGGUGACGGAGCGGCUGCGCCAGCGCGACCAGAGCUACUACGUGCAUCGGGGACGCGGGGUGGUGCGCUACGACACCGCACAGCUGCCGUCCAACGCGCCCAUCGAGGAUACGCAUGUGGAACAGGUCGUGACUGUGCCCCGGACGCUGUCCCAGACGGCAGCAGUUUCAGGCCAGAAUCAUGAUGAUCUCGACGACGACCUAUACUUCUUUGGCGUUUUUGAUGGACACAGCGGACCCUAUACCAGCAGCAAACUCGCACAAGUGCUAGUUCCCUAUGUGGCCCACCAUCUGGGUCAAGUUUACGGCCAGGGCUCCGGCCAAAGCUCCGGCGCAGACGCGACCAACAAAGCCAUCGUCUCUGCGUUUUUGGCACUGGAUCGCGACCUGGUCCUGGGUUCCCUCGACACGCUCUUCAAAGACCCAACGAAAAAAAACCUCAUCAACGCUUUGCCCGCGAUCUCGGGCUCCUGUGCGCUCCUGGCCAUGUUCGACUCUGCGUCCUCCACGGUCAAAUGUGCAGUCACGGGCGAUUCCCGGGCCCUCCUGGGGUCUCAGAACGCUAACGGCGUCUGGUCCAUCAAACCUUUGUCUGUAGACCAAACAGGCGACAGUCCCGAGGAAGUGGCUCGCAUUCGAGGUGAACACCCGGGAGAACCCAAUGCGGUUCGCAACGGCCGGGUCCUGGGCUCCUUGCAACCCUCCAGAGCAUUUGGCGACUAUCGCUACAAACUUAAAGAAUUGAAUGGGAAAACAGUGAGAGAUCUGCCGGACCAUUUGAGAGUCUACUUCCGUCGGGAACCCAGAGACCUCAAAACACCGCCCUAUGUGACCGCAGAACCUGUCAUCACGACCACCGCGAUCGACGCAGAUGCCAAAUUCAUGGUUUUGGCCUCUGACGGGCUAUUUGAGCUGCUAGAAAACGAAGAAAUCAAAGAUUUGGUGGUAGAGUGGAUCAACAACGACAAGGGCAUGGCCAAAGCUCCCUCUUCCAAACAGUCCAACUCUUUCCUCGAGGACAAGAACGCCGCUACGCAUCUGAUCCGAAACGCGCUGGGCGCUGGCGGCCAGCGCGACUAUCUCUCGACCCUAGUUAGCAUUCCGGCGCCCAUGAGCCGCAAAUACAGAGACGAUCUCACGGUCACAGUUGUCUUUUUCGGGCAAGAGGCUGACGCUGCGCAAAAGCCAACGGGAGAGCUAACGUUGAACCUCGAAGCUACAGCCUCACCCAAACCUAAGCUUUAA